AUGGAUAGCCUCCGACAAGAGAAGGUACAAAGAUUUGAAGAAUUUAUUGAUCGCCGCUUGAAACCUGAUCUUGUUCGUGCAAUUGCUGAACGGGACAAGGUCUUUGAACAGCAAAAAGUAUUCUCAGAUCUGAGAAGAAAUAUAGAGAAUUUGGAGAAGAACAGUGUAACCAGUCUGAGGACAUUGGUCAAUCUUGGUUCUGAAGUUUAUUUGCAGGCUGACGUGCCAGAUACACGACGCAUAUUUGUGGAUAUUGGACUGGGUUUCCACGUGGAAUUCUCUUGGUCUGAAGCAUUAAGUUAUAUAUCAGCAAGGGAAGAAAAGUUAGCCGGGCAAAUAGAGGAGUAUACUCGCCUGAUCGCAUCAAUCAAAGCCCAGAUUAAGAUGGUUUGCGAAGGAAUACGGGAGCUACUCCAACUUCCAGCAUAG